AUGUUCUCUGAAGCUGUUCAAGACUUCAAGAAGAGGAUUGUUUAUAAGAAUUAUUUUGUGAUGUCAUUUCCUUCUGAAGAACGUGUUCUCUUUUUCCUGUGUGUAAAAUACAAAGGGAGUCCCUGCCAGUCCUACACUGCCACAAUUUCUGCCCCAAACGUAGCUCUCCAAGGCAUAAAGAUCAAGCUACUUGACAACUGCAAUAGAAAUACUGAAAUCAUAACAGCACAUUUGUACCAAGAGCUUUCAGUGGACAAGUCAUUGUCCUUGUCCGAAGGAGGAAUGACUAACAUGGAUGCUAAAAAACCAAGGAACUGCAGUUUGACAUCCUUCCCAAUUUUGAAAGCAAGAAAGAAACAGAAUAUCAACCCUGGGAAGGUUGAGAGUAAGCCUUUGGUUCAAGCCCAGAAGUCACCUUCCAAGAUCAAGAACCUCAGAAUGACUCGAUCCUUGCCUAAGAAUCCAAACACCAGCAUUACUUCACUCCCUUUUGUGGAUACCAAGGGGAAGAAGAACAUGGUUAACUUCCCACACAUCAGCAACAAAAUCUUGCUAAAGGCACCCCUGCUGUAUCAGGAGAAUCAAAGUCACAGUCAGAUGCCAGCCUCUGAGCUCCAGGCUUCAGAGAUGCUUUUUCAUUCAAGCAUUAAAACCGAAGAUCCCAAGCCGGAGGAGAAACCACCAAGAAAGCACAAGGUGCCUCUUACGGCAGCAGUGGGAUGGAAUAGUUUUAGCAAAAUACUCCUCUUGUAUUUGUGCACUCUGGGAAUUGAGAAUAUUAAUGCCAUCUACCUGCAGUUAGAAGCUAUUCCCAGCAUGAUGAACAUCAUUAAGUUUUAUCAUAGAUGGGAACCUUCUCUUCGUAUGACUCCUGACCAGGCCCUCAAGCAUGCUUGGAUUCAUGAGCCACGGAAUCUCAAACCACGGUCCAGGCCCCAGACCCUGAGGAAAGCCAGUCUCUGUCUCCCCUCUGAGGCUCCGAAGGCCAAGGUUCGAGGGCAUCAUCACUUGGACAUAAAAGGUACAGCCCCUCAAAUAGCCAAAGAGACUAUAGACAAAAUAAAAGGUGGCACCACUAAGCAGGUUCAGAAUUCGGGUGAUCAGCAGGGCUCUCUGCAGCAUGCAGCUGAAGUUGUCCAGCUGCCUCAACUAAUAGAAGCUUCCGGAAAGCCAGAGGCAGCUGUUGGACCAGAGGGGUCCGAGACCUCCCCAGAAAAACAAAGUAAAAACUCCUCACCCAAGAACAUGAAUAUUUUACCACCUAUUAUAUGACCUUUGCUGAAGGUGUGUC